GUAUUCUGAACAGGGUACAGGUUUGCUUACCCCACCUAUUUUCCCGCCAAACGAUAAUAACCGCGAAUUAUUUAUUGAUAACUCCAUUAUCUGCCUAUCGGCACUACAACAGGCUACAUUUUAUCGUUUACGUUUGUAGCAUAAACACGCUCCUCUAUUGUGUAAAUAAAAAAAAAUACAAUUUGUGUUUUGUACUAUUAUUUUCUUUUGUGAAGAUAGAAAGUGAAAAUGUCGAUUGAAGAUACUGAAGGGGAAUCCUUAGAGUCAAUGACUGCAAUUCAGUUGAGUGAUGUAUUGACUUCUCAAAAAGAGCUUUAUUGUGUAAGUUGCUUUGAAUUCUUGUGGCCACCAGUUAUGUGGUGUGAAGAAGGAAAUGUAUGUGGAAACUGUUGGGAUGCCGAUUCGGAUAGAUUUAUUCGUAAUACAGUUCUAGAAAAGAUAUUAGAAAAACUGAGCAUUCAGUGCAUGAACUUCGCAAAUGGUUGUAAAGUACGAAGCAACUACAAGGAAAUGGCAGAACACAAUAAGAAGUGUACAUAUCGAAGAUUGUGUUGUCCCAUAGAUUCCAUUGAUUGUUGUUCAUGGCUGGGAUAUAAUAAAGAACUUAUAGAUCAUUUCAUUCGAGAACAUCCUCAAAAAACUAUAAAAUCAGAAAACAAUUCUGUUUUAUUAAAUUUCGAUAUACAAAAAGAUGUAAAACAAAUCAAAUUAAUAGUGCUACCUGGCAAAAAUUUCUUAUCGCUAACAAAUACUGACACAAUUAAUCAAACACUUUCAAUAACUGUUUUCUUUAUUGAUGGCGACUCUAAAUCAAAAGCUACUGAAUACCAAUUUAUUGUCCAACGAAGUACUUUUGACAAUGAUUCUGUUAGUUAUGAAACAAAUAAAUUUGACAUUGUAAAUAUUAAUAACUACAAGGAAUAUUACAAUGAUGGGCUAAAAAUAGAUAUAGCUCCACUGAAAAAGUUUUCAAUUGGGGGUUUUUACAGUUGUACUUUAAAAAUAAUGUCUGCUUUGAGUGAAAACAAAACAAAUGAAGAAUUGUUACAAAACUUUGAAUGUCCAGUAUGUAGAAAUUACAUGAAGAACCAAAUAUAUCAAUGUCUUGCUGGCCAUAGUAUGUGUGGAGAUUGUAGAUUCAAGGUAGAAGAUUGUCCUUCUUGUAGAUCAGGUUUUGGAGACACGAGAAAUUAUGCUUUAGAAAAUAUCAGCAAUAGUAUUUAUUUCCCAUGUUCCUAUCUCGAUCGUGGAUGUGAAGAAAUUUUUCUUGGAGAGGAUACUAUUAAACACGAAGGAGAUUGUAGAUUUAGACCAUACGUUUGCCCAUUUUGGAGAACUUAUUGCAACUGGACUGGUUCACUCACAGAAUUAUCUGAGCAUUUAAAGGAAUUUCAUAUGGAUAGUACAUACAUCAUAAAUAAAAAAAUGACAAAAACNUCUCACCCCCUGCCCCGCCCCUUUGGGGGGAUAAUCUAG